UGGUCGGUUUAUCAUAAUUGAUAAGCUCAAAUUAAUAAAUGCAACAGCAGCCCAAACAUCCAUUUCAAUCAUGAGAAACAAUAAAUUUCUUUUUUAAAAAGAAAUUAGUUGCUGUCUCCUCCAUCAAUGGCUAAAGGAACUCUGGGCUAUGAUGAUGAUGAUGAUGAUGAUGAGGAUGAUGAAGAAGAAGAAGAUGGUGAUGAUCAUCCUGGCAAAGGAGGAGGCAGCGAGGGUGGCUACAUAAAGCUAACCAAAAGGGAGCUUGCUUCAUCACUGUAUGUUGAACCAUUGAAUUUAAGUUAUAUUUCCCCAAAGCAAGUUGCAGAAGAUGUGUUUUUCGGUACAGAUGAUAUGAGUGAUAUGAAAGAAAUUGCUUACAAGGAUCAUAUACUUGAGUGUUAUAGAAGGGAAAGUGCAAUGAAGAAUUUAAAGAAGAACAAAAAUAGUUGGUCCCCAUUCAAUAACUGUUUUGAUUUUCUGAAAGUUAUUUUUUCUUUAAAAUUCUAGUUUUCUUGUUUUUCUCUUUUUUUUUUUUAAGAUUGAAUGUUCUUGUUAAUACUGAUUUCUAGUCUUCGAUGAAUUUUCUUUUUUCUUUAGAA